AUGCACAAUCAGUGCCGUGUUUUCGAAUCCUGUUUCCGCAAUGAAUGCAAAUUGGAUUUUAUUGAUUGUCCAGGUGGUGUUUGUGCACCGCAUCACGUUUGCGUAGCAGGCCGAUGUUUGCGGGAUCCACUAGCACCUGCAGAGCUUUUGAUCAUUUUAUUCGAGGAAAUUCAAGGAAAUUUUUUUUUUCAGAACUUUGGAUCGUAUAAUUACUAUGGAGGUCUCCAAGAAUGCACUAAUCGAGGCGGUCAUCUUGCGUCGAUACAUUCAUUUGAAGAAAUGAAUUUCAUAAACAGUCUCGCUCAUGGUAGUACUUAUUGGAUUGGGCUGCACAAGGAAGGGAAUGGUUUCAGGUGGGAUGAUGGAACGCCGGUAGAUUACUUGAAUUAUCGAGGAAGGGAGCCUGAUAAUUGUUGUCCUAUAGGUGCUGCUACCUGCACCCUAGUCAAUUAUAUCGGUAGUGUUGGCCAAUGGGACGAUGCUGGAUGUGGUGUAGCAUGGAAGCCACGCCAUACGAAUAUUGUUUGUAAAAGAAGAUUGGUUUAA